GUUUUAUAAACUAUUUUGGUAUAAGGAAAAAAAAAAAGAAAAUGGCUAGGAACUCCAUUAGAUCUAUUGUGGUGACUCUUCUCAUCAUCUUUGCCAUGAUUUUCGCUCCCAUCAUGGUGUCGGAUGCAAUUCGCCCAACUGUAUCAGUCAAAACCGGCCCCAUAUGUCCUGCAUGUGUCUGUUGCGAACCUCCACCUCCGGGCUCUUGUUGCCGCUGCGGAAACUGUGCGCCUCUCGCUCAAACUCAGCUACCUACUUCACAAAAUGGCUCUCCAUGAAAAUGCUUUCAUUUCUUAUUUAUUUCUAGACCUACUUAUAGAGCUUAAUUUCUUGUUUUCGUGAUUGUCCCGAACCCAAAAAUUACAAAUGAAAUAAAUAUCUAUAAGAUGCUUUAGUACUGUGUUUGUACUGUC